UAUUUCAACCAUUCUCUUGCUAUCUCACAAAACUAAACCCUAGCUUUCUUCUCUUUGUUACCCUAUCUAGGGUUAGGGUUUACUCGUCUCGGCCCAGUAGCACCUGUUUCCUGUGGAUCACAUGGCGGAAGAAGAGGUCGUCGUCGUCGCCGGAGCCGGCGCCAGCCCCGCGCCGUCCGAUCACAAGCGGAAGCUCGAAGAUUUGGAGCCCGAAGCCCCGGAGCACGCGGAACCGGACGGUGUCCAGGGCGCUGACGCGGGGGACUAUGUGGCGAACGAUGAGUCGGAGGCGAAGCGUCCUCGGGUCGAGGACCAGGAUGAUGAUUUAGCGACUGAGAAUGGAUACCAAAGGGAGAAAGAAGAUGAGGUUAUAAAGGAAAAUGUUGAACUGACUGUGGAGAAUGCCCAAUCACAGGAAGCUCCACAUCCAACUGAGGAAGCUCCAGAGGCUGUGAAUGAUGAGCAACCUUCUACUGAUAAUGAGCAGAAGGAGGAUACCCAAGAACCCUCAAUUGAGAAUCCUCAGUUGGAAAAUCCUCAGCAACCCACUGGAGAGGAAUUUGAGAAACCUGCUGAGGAAAUUCCUCAACAAGAGGUCGGGGAUGUUCCCUCUGCCGAAGUGCAACAGGAACCUACAUCAGAGACUCAGACAAUGUCACGGAAAAUGGAGGUCCCUAAUAAUAAGGUUGGGGUUCUUAUUGGUAAAGCUGGCGAUACUAUACGGUUCCUUCAGUACAACUCAGGGGCAAAAAUCCAGAUCACAAGGGAUGCUGAUGCAGAUCCAUAUUCUGCCUCAAGGCCUGUAGAACUAAUAGGAAGCUUGGAAAACAUAAACAAGGCUGAGAAACUUAUAAAGGAUGUUAUUGCGGAGGCUGAUGCAGGGGGUUCUCCUUCCCUUGUAGCUAGAGGUUUUGCUACUGCACAGGCUGUUGGAGCUGCAGAACAAGUUCAGAUACAAGUUCCAAAUGAGAAGGUUGGUUUAAUCAUAGGCAAAGGUGGGGAAACCAUUAAAAGCCUGCAGACCAGAUCAGGGGCUCGCAUCCAGGUAUUGAUACCUCAACAUCUCCCUGAAGGAGACCAAUCUAAAGAAAGGACUGUGAGAGUUACUGGUGACAAGAAGCAAAUUGAGAUGGCUAGAGAAAUGAUAAAGGAAGUUAUGAAUCAGCCUGUGAGAUCAUCAACCUACCCAGGCAGUUAUAACCAACAGGGCUAUCGACCUCGUGGUCCCACUGGACCAUCUCAAUGGGGCCCUCGGGGUCCACAUCCUGGGCAGCCAACAGGGUAUGAUUACCAACGAGGAGCUUAUCCAUCUCAGAAUCAGCAGUAUGCGCCGCCUUCAUAUGGUGGUUAUCCUCCACAACAAAUGGCCCCAAGAAGCAGCUUUGGUUCAGGGUGGGAGCAAAGGCCCCCUGCUAACAUGCAGGGGCCUCCACAGAGUGGUGGCUAUGAUUUCUAUGGUGGACAAGGAGGCCAUGGUCCUGAUGCCCCUGCUGCUGCUCCACAUUCUGCUUCUAUGUCCAUUCAUGCACCUGGUCCUUCCCCCAGCCCUGGGAUGGGUCCACCCCCUUCCCAAGGAAAUUACAAUUAUGGACAGCCACAGGGUCCAGAUUAUGGGCAACAGGCUCAGUAUUCCCAAACAGGACCUCCUCAACAGGGCUAUGGGCAUGGAUAUGAUGAACCAAAAUAUGAAGGUCAGGCUCCAACACAUCCUCCAUAUGGAGGACAUGGUUCUCAGCCUGUUUACCCACAAGGUGGUGCUCAAUCAGGGUAUCCCCCACAACAGGCAUAUGGUAAGCCACAAUCAUAUGGCAUGGCAUCACAGGCACCAGCAGCCCAAUCCUAUGGCCCACCUAGGGCUAGUCAACCUGGGGAUGUUCCUUAUCAAGGUCCCAUGUCUUCAAACCAAUCAUAUGGUCCAAAUGUACCUCCACAACAAUACCCAUAUGCAUCAAGUGGGCCCAUGCAGCAAUCUUAUCCUGCUUAUGGGUCUCAACCAGCUGCUGAUGGGUAUAAUCAGCCACAACCAGCAUCCGGCCCAGGAUAUCCACAGCAAGGUGGCCAGCCUAUGUCAGGUUACAGUCAACCUGGUGGACAGCAGGCACCAGGCUAUGCGCAAGUGGGUCCUCAAGGGGGUUAUGGGCCAUACCCUUCACAACCAGGAUAUGCCGAACAACAGACUGCAAACAAUGCAGCUUAUGGAUACCAAGGGCCUGCAGAUCCCACUUACAACAGUGGGCCUGCCUCAGCCUAUGGUGCACAACCAAGUGGCCAGCCAGGUUAUGUCCAACCAACGCCUACUCAGCCAAGCUAUGAUCAGUCAAUCCCCGCACAGUCAGGUGGCUAUGGAGCUGUACCAGCAACUGCACCAGUUGGUUAUGGAAAAAGUUUGUCACCCCAGCCAGGUUAUCCUCAGUAUGAUGCAACUCAGAUGUAUGGUGCGCAUCGCUGAACUGUUUUUUGAUAUAGUUCUUAGUUGAGUUUGACUGGAGAUAGAUGUUCUCAGUAUCUAAAACGCUUAAGACCUAGAGUUAGUGAAUUCGUGUAGGGUUAUUUCUGACUGAUAUUGAGACUUCUAGGCCAUGCUCUAUUAAUCCUGUUUCCAGAUGAUGUCAUAUGAACUAAUCUACUAAGUUUAUUAUCAAUCUUAUUGUUCUCCUAGUUUGCUGCUUA